AUGAGCUUCGAGCAGAUGCUCGACGCCCCCUGCAAGCACCAAAGCGGCGCAAGACCCUUCAUGCACACGCUUCGGCAGUGCGCCAUCACCAAGCGCAUCAUGAGGGGCGACGUCCCGCCUCCUCCGGCUCUGGCUCCAGGCGCGGGACAGCCGCCUCCGCCUCCACCGCCGCCUCCAGCUGGCGGUGCGAUGCGCGACGACGCCUACCCGGACCAGAACGCGGCCUACGUCGUCUUCACCAGCCUCGGCGACAACAAGCGCAGCGAGUGCCUCCUUUGGCAGGAGGUGAACACCGUCGUCCCAGCCAAGCCGGAGUUCAUGCACUGGUCGGAUCGCCCGAUCACCUGGAUCCGGGAGGAUCACCCGGCAGUCAUGCCGAGUCCAGGUGGUUACGCCCUCGUCCUCAACCCCACCAUUGUCGCGAGGCGCACAUGCAAGUUCUCCCGAGUCCUCAUCGACGGUGGCAGCAGCAUCAACAUCCUCUACCGCGACACGAUGACCAAGCUCGGUCUCAAGGCCGAGGACCUGGAGCUGACCCGAACGAUCUUCCACGGCAUCGUGCCCGGCCUCUCCUGCUCCCCCAUUGGCCGGGGCUGCGAGUUCCUCCACGUCCCGCGCGCGGAGAACGAAGCAGCCGACACGCUCGCCAAGAUCGCCUCGUCACGACAAGCCAUCCCAUCCGGCGUCCCCCUCGAGCACCUGCACAAGCCGUCCGUCAAGCCAUCAUCGGACUCGGAGUUCACCGACGUACCAGACGACCCGGCCGUGCCUCAAGCCAGCCCGGGGGCUGCUGAACCCGGCCCGGGGGCUGGUCAGCUCGACCCGGCCACCAUCGUCCCGGACCCGGCUAUCGCCAUCCCCGACCCGGGGGCUGCUCAACCCGGCUCGGGGGCUGCCAACUCGGAACCCACCCUGAUGGCGGUCUUCGCCGUGGUCACGGCUCCAUCUUGGGCCCUCCGAAUAUAG